AUGGCACAUUCAAAUUCUCAUGGGAAACGGAAAGCGAGCGAUGCGCCUGUCUCACCCCCGCCUAUCAAAAGGGCUCUGCAGAGCACAACGACCAAGUCUGCCGUGGCCAAUUUCUUUACUCCCGCAUCGCAGAAGCCCAAAGAAAGAACGAUAUGGACCGAAAGAGGUCCGAACGAUGAUGUUCCCGCUACGUUAUUAGUUGGCCGGUAUGUGCCACAGGGUCACGACGAGAGGCAAAAGCCAAGGACGAAAAUUGCGGCGUUUGACUUGGACUCGACACUGAUCACCACGAGCUCGGGUAAAAAACACGCCGGAAGCGGAACAGACUGGAAGUGGUGGAAUUCUCGGGUUCCUGGUGUUUUGCGAGAGCUUUACCUUGAGAAGGGCUACCAAGUUGUUGUCCUGUCGAAUCAAGCCGGGUUGACGUUGCACUUCGAUGCUUCCUACAAGGGCCCGAAAAGCAGCAUACAGAAGCGAGUGUCGACAUUCAAACAGAAAUGUAGCGCCAUACUUGGCAAUCUCGAUAUUCCGGUGAGCAUUUACGCUGCAACAGAAAAGGACAUUUACAGGAAACCUCGAAUAGGAAUGUGGAACGAGGUUUGUGAGGACUACGAUAUUCGGGCGAGUGAAGUUGAUUUGAAGAACAGCUUCUUUGUGGGAGAUGCUGGAGGUCGGAUGGCCGGACUUGGCCACACUGGUGAGGGAGCUUCUCCGCUGGCCAAGGAUUUCAGCUGCUCAGAUCGUAACUUUGCGCACAAUGUUGGCAUCGCUUAUAUGACACCGGAGGAGUACUUCUUACAGGAACCACCGAGAAAAUUCCACCGCGACUUUGACCUCGCCAACUUUCCAUUCUCAGAUGCAGCAGCGUCCAAAAAAGAUGAUGUUGUGUUUGAAGCGAGGAAUCCACAGGAGUUGGUCAUAUUUUGCGGGCCACCUGGGGCUGGAAAGAGCACUUUCUUCUGGAAGCACCUCGAACCGUUAGGGUAUGAGAGGGUGAACCAGGACGCUUUGAAGAGCAGAGACAAGUGCGUCCGGCUUGCCAAGGAGCUUCUGUUGGAAGGCAGAUCUGUCACAAUUGACAACACGAACGCCGACCCGGACACCAGAGCAAUCUGGGUUGAAGUUGCAAGAAAAGCAGAGGUUCCUAUACGAUGCAUAUGGUUCCGAACACCUCUCCAUCUCUGUGAACACAACGACGCUGUGCGAGCACACGCCGCGUCGGUAAAUCCGGAAUCGAGGCAAAUCUUACCAAAGUUGGCCUUUACAGGGUUCGCUUCAAGAUACAAGGAGCCGCAGAGUAAGGAAGGCUUUCAAGAUAUAUUGGAGUUGCAAUUCAAGUUUCGGGGCACAAGGGAAGAAUAUGAGACCUGGGCACGGUACUGGACCUGA